CGGCUUUGUUCCGUUUUAAAUUUUGUCCCACUCUGUAUUUGAGUUUGACACCCCUGCUUUGAAGCAUUCACAUAAAAAAACAAAAGUCCAAUUGUCCCAUUUAAACGAUGUUCUGGUGCUACCAGGUUGCAUACUUCUUAGCCGAAGUUGCACCAAAAUGACAAAAAGAAAGCAUGUUUAAAACGGCCUGUUGAGCUGCUUUGUCAUACCAGCAAUUAUUCUUUUGCCAAUUAAUGUGUAACUACCCUCGAUAAACCAGUUUCUGAAGCUUUUAGUCUCCGCCUUCUUUUCUUACCACUGCUGGUGCAAACUCAAGUAUUUUUCAAGAGGUUUUUAGGCUCUAGGAGAUUAGUUGAGAUUUGUUUUGAAGAUCCCCUUUGGGUGUGGAAGUCCAGCAUGUUGUCAUCAACGCAGUGUGAUUGCAUGUUGCAGGAUGUGGAGGUGUUGUCCCAGCCCUCUUGUGCACCUGUUGCGAUGCGUGCUACUGCGCGCAUGUCCCAGGAGAAGGAGAUGCUGGCUGCCUCAGUGGUUUACCACAACGCGGGCCUACUUCAAACUCCUGCUUCAGUCCCUUUUCUAUAACUCCGUCACGGACUCAGAUGUGCUUUUUGAUACAUUGUUUACACCACUGUUUUGGACCGUGGACUACUUGACACGCUGGUUUGGUGCGGUGUUUGUUUUCAUGGUGGUACUGCUGACCUGCUCCAUCCUGGUGAUAGCCUACGUGGUCCUCCUGCCUAUCAUUCUCAACACGUACUCCCCUCCAUGGAUUGCUUGGCACCUAUGUUACGGACACUGGAACAUCGUCAUGAUCGUUUUUAAUUACUACAAAGCCACCAAGACCGCCCCGGGAUACCCUCCUCUUGAAAAAAAUGGCAUGCCUUUUGUGUCCGUCUGCAAGAAAUGUGUCAAUCCCAAACCAGCUAGAACACAUCACUGUGGUAUCUGCAACAGGUGCAUUCUAAAGAUGGACCAUCACUGUCCCUGGUUGAAUACCUGUGUAGGACAUUUUAACCACCGUUACUUCUUCUGCUUCUGCCUCUUCAUGAGCCUGGGCUGUGUGUACUGCAGCGUCAGUGGCAGAAACCUCUUCAUAGAUGCGUAUCAUACCCUAGAGCGCUUUAAACAUUUGGAAAUUGAAAAACCAGGGAUACCUGUAACAGGGAUGGGACCUCUCAUAGGGCUUCUUCCCGCUGGUCAGGCGGACUAUGUGACACCUGCGCCUGUGUACACCUUUAAGGAAAAGAUUUUAAAUAAGAGUAUCAUCUACAUGUGGGUUCUCACCAGCACGACGGCAGUGACCCUUGGAGCUCUAACUACUUGGCAUGCAAUUCUCAUAUCCAGGGGUGAAACCAGCAUUGAAAAGUACAUCAACUACAAGGAAAAGAGUCGAUUGGCCAAAAUGGGACAGGUGUACAAAAACCCAUUCAACUACGGCAAGUUGAAUAACUGGAAGGUCUUCUUUGGCGUGGAGAAAAAAAAGUCACUGGGUAACACGUGUCCUGCUGCCCUCCGCUCACUCUCCACUUGGCGACGGCUUGAAAUGGGACGUCUUCCCUCUAAAAAAAGACCCCAUGCCGGUGUGAUGGGCGACCUACAGACAUGAUGCUGCUGGGCUGCAGGCUCUUUUUAAAGAUGGAUCCAGGUGGAACUCAAGGGAUUGGGUGAUAUCAACCCUCGAUACCUCAAAACCCCUCUGCUCAAACUUGCGGGGAUGGAUCUUUAACAAGCCACUGAUGGAAUUCGAACAAAUAAUUUAAGGGCGUUAUCUCCUUUUAUUCGACCAAAGCUUAUACUUCAUAAGCCUGUACGACACUACAGUAAAGUGUUAUUUAUAUGUGUUUUGUAUCUGUUUAAGUUAAUAAACCUUGUUUAAAAAACUUCA